GCCAGAGGGGGCGUCGUGGAGCUCAGGAGCGGCCGCAUACGAUGACGGACCGCAUGCAGAGCCAGGCGGACUCAGCAUGGGUCUACGGGGCCACCGGGACCUACGUCCCGGAGAACCUCAACAAGGGCGAGAGGGGAUGGGCCUGUUUGGCCGGAUGGGUGCUAUACUGGUCGGCGCGUCUGGCCGAGGAGUUCGGGAGUAUGUGCCGCGCCAAGCGCUUCUGGCCGACCAACCUGCCCAAGUCUCUUCGCCGCCUCUCGCAGGAGUACGAGACGUGUUGGCACCCACCGACGCUCGUGAACUUCGGAGCCAACUCGUGGGGGAAGUGGUUCGUAUGCAGCGGGUGCUCGAUGAGGGUCGGAUACUGGGAGCUGAGGCCGACAAAAGGGACCGUGAAAGAGGAAAAGAUGUGCCUGUGCAAGAAGAAGGACGCCGCGUGCACGCUGUGUGGACAAGGUUGGGCUCAGGGCGCGACCGCCGAGCCACAGUGGCAGGCCUUGAUAUGCGUACCCAAGCCACCUCCUGGAGCCGAAAGGGCUCCGCUGCCUCUUCACCCGGGCAUGAUGGUCGGAGGCCUGGCGGGCGGCUCAGUCAUGACGGCUCGGCAGCCGGCGUAUCAGCGAGUGGCGGAGGACGCGGCGAAGGUCACCGAGGCGCUGCAGAAGGAUCAGGCGGAACAGAGGUCCGCAGCAGCAGCAGCUCGCCGGGCGUCCUCAACGAAGCGCAAGCCAGAGAGCGACACGGAGGCUAUGGACACCACCUCCGACCCACUCGAGGAGAUGCGCGAGUACCAGGCCAAGACCGAGAGGGACAUGAAGGGUAUAGUCGAGAGUCAGUUUCAGGAGAUGAAAGCCAUGAUCCAGGGGGUGAUGGCCUCGCAAGCGUCGCAGCAGGAGGCGCUCGAGCGGGCCACGACCACCGUGAAAGAGCAGAUGACGGCGAUCGCGACCGCCCAGGGACAGGCGCAGGAGGCCAGCCGAAUGAUCAGGGCCAUGGCGCAGGGCAGCUCGAGCAGCAAGGCGGACCAGGUCAAGGUCACAGCCGCUGCAAUCGACUCUUCCCCCAAGGCGGAGGCCGAGGCACCGCAGGCUCGGGAGGUUCCACAACGGCCAGCGCCGUCGGGGCAUCCUUCGUCACUGGGCCAGCAGAUGAUCGAGCCGCAGCGUCAAAGCCCACCACCUCUCGCAGCGGGGGCGCCGCCAGGGGCGGCUCCGACAGCGUGGGCCUACAUUGGGACAGCACCGCUCGACGGGACGAGUGUGCCGGCGGCGAUGGCCUCCCAGGAGAUGCUGCACCAGCAGGCGGCAGCCAACGCGGGGGCGCCACAGCCGACGAGGUCACCAGCGCUAGGAGGCUAUCCGACAUACGGUCCCCCGGUCGGGCAGAAGAAGGACGCAGUGACUCCUCCCCGCAAUCCGGAUCGCCUCUUCACUGCGGACGAGAUGCCGAUCGGCUCCACGGGGACGCUGACCACGGAGGCCAGCAUUUCACUCCCGGGCACGGACCUGGCAGCCCCGCCAACGGCAGCAGUCGGUCCCUACGGCAAGGGCAACAACAAGGGCAAGAUCACUCCCUCACGCCAGCCGGAGAACCGAGACCCGUGGACGCCGGGCCCUGAGGAGAAGGCCGCCGAGAAGCGGCGCCAGGAGUACCACGAGUGGAAAGAGGAGGCAGGACUGCGCACCCUGGGCAGUCUUGAUCUGGCGACCGGGUGGGACUUUAGGAAGAAAAACGAUCAGGACAGGGCUAUGGAGCUCGUUCGGACCAAGAAGCCGUGGAUGAUUUUCCUGGAGCCCCCGUGCGCUGAGUUCAGUCCGAUCCGAGAGCUCUUUCGGAAAACCUCUCCUGAGCCUCUGGAGGUUCAGGAGCGCAAGAAAAGGGAAGCUCUGAACCUUUUGGCUUUCUGCAUGAAGCUUGCGCUUGUUCAGGUUCAGGAGGGUCGACGUUUUGCUUUUGAGCAUCCGAAUGGGGCCGCGUCCUGGCGAAAACAUGUUGUGGACAUGAUCAGGAAGCUUCCGGGGGUCAUGGAGGUGGUCAUAGACCAGUGUGAGUUCGGUCUGUCCGUGGUCGAGGGGACUCUUUCUCGCAAAUCCACCCGUGUCAUGACCAACGACUCCGCCCUUUUUCGCCAGCUGUCAG